CUUGCUUCCAGCUGCACCAGAGAAGCAAACAUGGUGCAAAUGUAGAAAGACCGCAUUGGUCUAUUCUCACAUUUUCUUUUGUGUGAAGCAGUCGUUUUUCUUUGUAGGCAUUGGGACUUGAAUUGGAUUUGUUUACAGCUCAUACAUGGACUGGUGACACUUUCUUUUCACACCAGGGAGCAGUCACAUAAAUCACGUAAUCUACAGUGAGAGAAAAAUGGAGCACCUAGUCCAACAUGGAAACUCCUCAGCGUUUCACAACUCAGUCAACACAGAGCUCCUCUCUCAGACUGGCUACACAACACUGGCCGUCAUCAUGGGUGUGUUCUCCGGGGCCGGGAUCAUCCUCAACGUUCUGGUGAUCGUGGUGACACUGAGGCACAGACAGCUGAGACAGCCGCUGAGCUAUGCUCUGGUUAACCUGGCCAUAUGCGACCUGGGCUCUGCUCUGUUUGGAGGCAUCCCCACCACAAUAACCAGUGCCAUGGGCUACUUCAGCCUGGGACGUGUGGGCUGCACCUUAGAGGGCUUUGCUGUGGCCUUUUUUGGUAUAGCAAGCCUGUGUACAAUUGGAGUCAUUUCUGUUGAACGCUACCUAGUGGUAUGUUACCCCAUGGGUGCUGUCCUGUUCCAGACCAGACACGCUGUUGCAGGAGUGGUUCUGUCCUGGGUGUGGUCGUUUGUGUGGAACACCCCGCCAUUGUUCGGCUGGGGAAGUUAUGAGCUGGAGGGGGUGCAGACCUCCUGCGCCCCCAACUGGUACAGCCGGGAUGUGGGGAACAUGUCUUACAUCGUCUUGUACUUCUUCCUCUGCUUUGUGAUUCCAUUCUCCAUCAUCAUGGUGUCCUACUCCCGACUCCUGUGGACGCUCCGUCAGGUGACUAAGCUGCAGGUUUCUGAGGCAGGCAGCACACAUCGAGUGGAGACGCAGGUUGCACGUAUGGUGGUGGUGAUGGUGUUGGCCUUCCUGUUUACCUGGCUGCCAUACGCUGCCAUGGCCCUCGCUGUCAUCCUGGACUCCAGUCUGUACAUCGACCCUGUUAUAGCUACCAUACCUGUUUACUUGGCUAAAAGCAGCACUUUCUACAACCCCAUCAUAUACAUCUUCAUGAACAGACAGUUUCGAGGAUACGCUGUCCACACUGUCCUGUGUGGAUGGAACCCAUGGGCCUCAGAUCCACAAAUUUCUGAGGGUGAAACCACGGUCGCUUCAAUCAACAAGAGCCAAAGAGUCUCACCUAAGGAAUCUUUGAAAGAAUAAAAAAAGACUUGCAUGAGGGAUCCAUAAACACAACUUUGUAGACACACUCAGGAGAAUAGACUUCCACGGACUAGGUACGAGGCUGCAGAAUUCCUCUAUUAUACAAUAGCAUUUUUAGUGUGAUUAUUGGUUAUUGUCUUUUUGUCUUAUUGUGAGGAUUGUUAAGGUUGUGUCAAAGUUAGAGGGAGUAAAGAUUCAAAGACAAGACAAGACAAUCUGCUUUUCCUCAUCUUUUAGCCAGGGGCUGUAUCACUUGAGUAAAGAUUCUUACUAAUAACAUUGUGAUCUCGUAGUAAAUAGCAAAAUGAGUGAUGUAAAAAAACAAAACAAUGGGAAUGUCUAUAUGUAAAUGAUGACGUGUUAUAGCUAUCUUGAUAGGAACGACUUCAAAGGACAUAUGACAAGAAAAAAAAAUGAAUUACAUGAUUUUUUUUAUUGUUUUUUUUUCAUCAGGUGUACACAUCAUCUUUGCUUCUGAAGGUCUGUUCUCAAACAUGGUUCACAACCCCCCGCACACAAACAGACCUUUGUCACCCAUAUAUGACCGUUGUAUGGCUUUCAUUGAUACAAAUCAAAUUCAUCAGUGUGUUAUACUCCUUUUCAACACAAUACUUCACUCCAGCCUUUUGGAUCCAGCAUGUUAAACAGCAAGAAAAAAAAAAAAAAGAAGAAGAAAAAAAAAA